AUGGCCGACCAAAAGUUCCAGCAACAGCAGGUCGGACACGCGCCUCAUACAGAGCAGGAGGUCGCUGAGAGCAUUAAGGAUGCACAAAUCCACCGCGACUCACUCACAGAGCCGAAGAGUGCAGGUGGCAAUGUAGAGUCCCCGAAUACGAGACUGGACCCUCAGGCAGAGCGAGACCUCUUCGGCACAUCUAUGUCUUCUGUGGCUGGAAACCAUGGAUCGGAGCCUCGCUCGUUCUCCCACGCAGACAACGACAGCAGCCGUUCACAGUUCACACCAUCCAAGCAGGAAGUAUCGAGUGGUAACGGAGAAGCAGUCGAUGGCAAGUCGAUCCACGUCGUGUUGAAGGAUGUGGAGGUGGACAUCUCUAGCAAGGUUGCUGCUGUGCUCGCUAGUGUGGUAGUGCCGACACACGCCAAAGAGGGCCUGCGAGCGACGGAAGGUCUGAACAACGACAGCACCGGACCCAUCAGUACCACCUACCAUGUCACCGCUCAAGUCACAAUCACCCACGCAGAACCAUCGAAGCAAGGCCCAGAGUCAACACAGCAAGUUCUAGCGCCGUCGGCUCCUGCUCCGCAGGCGGCGGUACCACAUAGACCAACACCUCAGCAAGCUGUCCCGGUGAGGACAAACCAAGUGCAACCAUCAAGCGCUCGCCCGACAACCGCCCAGAAGUCGGUUGCUCAGGCGUCUGCACCCGCACCCGCUCCGGCAGCUUCGGCGUCUCCGCCACACAACUCGAUGCCACCGCCUGCAGCACCAGCUAGCAUGCUUGCUAAUCUCAAGUUGUCGUCGAGAGCAGACCCAGAGGCACAUCUGACAGACCCCUCCAUCGCCGGCCACCUCCUGCCGCCGAUCGUGAUCCUGUUCAGAAUGGGCAAGGCCUCCAAAUCAAAAGCUCUUGGGCAGUUUGCCAUCGACCUUAUCGGCGAAGCGCUCUGGAAGCAGGAGCUACCCACCUACAUGAACGCAGCUCCACUGCCAAGCGACGAGGAAGCCGUGAACCCCCUUCUGUGGGCAGCAGUCCGUAUCAUUAGGAUGGAGGAUGCUGAGCGUGCGGGCUAUCUCGAGGGGCUGCUCCAAGCCUUCAAGUUGGAGCUAGAUGAGGUGGAUGAACCUGCAGCUUGA